AUGGAUGGCUUUGGUGAUUUGACGAGCCCAGAUGCUCUCAAACAACUUCAAGCAGAGAUAGCGGAGAAGGUUGCCAACAAGGAAGAGAUACUCGUCCCUCUUCACUUCCUCUAUUGGAGCAAUGGCAAAGAAGACAAAGUCCCCGGUCCCAACUCUAAGAUGACCCAACAAGACCCAGACGAAUACCUCGAAGUACUGAGCAAGAAGUACUCCGCAGACUAUGAUGUGAACCUGGUCUUUACCAGUCUGCCUCCCAACUACACCGUCUGGAAGCAAAACCCUCCUCGCAGCGACAUCUACCUCUAUGGUCACCCUCGCGGCAGAUUCCCUUCAGUUGACCAGUUUACCUAUCACGUCUGGAGCCUGCUCAACAACAAGGUCGCAGAGUGCGACUGCAGACUCUGUGAAGGCAAUGUCAGAGGUCAGAGCAAGGACAAGGACAAGACCUAA